AUGAGGCUUUCAUUCUUUCUUGGCCUUGCGACCUUUGCCGCUCCGUCGAUGACCUUGCCGACUGACUUGGUCGUUCACGGCAGCGUGCCCCCUGCUGCCUCUAGCUGGGUCCAGGGAGAGCCAGCCACUGCGGAGACGAAGUUGAGCAUGCAGAUUGGCAUAACCCAGAGGAACCUAGAGCGUGCUGCCGAGUUUCUUGACGACGUUUCCAACCCGGCAUCGGCGAACUAUGGGAAGUAUUGGGAUGCCGAUAAGAUUGUCCGAACGUUCGCACCUAGCCAAUCCACUGUAGACAAAGUCAAGUCCUGGCUGACGCAGUCCGGCAUCGCCGCGGAUCGCAUCUCUCUGACCCAGAGCGGUGGUUGGCUAUCGUUAGACAUUUCUGUCGCGGAGGCUGAGAACCUGCUCGGGACCAAGUAUCACGUCUUCACGCAUCCUAAGCUCGGCAACCAGAUUGCCUGUGAGAGCUAUAGCGUCCCGGCCCACCUCGCGAGCUACAUUGACGUUAUCACGCCGACGGUCCACCUUACCCCCAUGCUCCCCUACACUCUCCACUUUGAUGGCUUUCAGCCGGUCGAGGCUGCGAGCCAUGGAGACUGCAGUAGCCGGAUCACCCUAGAGUGCCUGCGUAGCCUCUACGGGAUCCCGCAGCACCCCGAGGCCUCGGCUCAUAACAGCUACGGCAUCCCUGAGAUGGAUGGCGAAUCUAUGAAUUCUACUGAUCUAAAGUUAUUCCUCCGCAAAUACCGUCCCGAGGCGGCCAAUGACCAACUCAUUGCUAAACUGAUCAAUGGUGGCAAGUAUCCGUCCAACCCAGACCCGCUCGGCGAAAUGGAAGCCGCGCUGGACCUCGAGUACGCUACUGGCCUGACAUACCCCGUCAAGACGACGCUCUACCAGGUUGGUGGCAUGAUAAACAGUAAUCAAAAACUCUGGGACAUCUUGGACUCGGCACUCUGCGACAGCGGAAGGACAUGCUCUAAAGGAACCUGUAUUAAGUGUGCCGGUCUGACUAACGUCAUCUCUAUCUCGUAUGGCACGGAUGAGGAUAUGUUUGCCCCGACAUUCGCCAAGCGUCAGUGCCACGAGUACAUGAAGAUGGGACUCCAGGGAACUUCGGUCUUGUAUGCAUCUGGUGACUCGGGUGUUGCUAGCAGACAUGGUUGCGGUACGAGUGGCACGUCGUUCACUCCCCAAUUUCCGGCUUCGUGCCCCUACAUCACCUCCGUCGGCGCGACCAUGCUCAAGCCGGGCGCUAGCACCGACCAGCCCGAGGUUGCGGCGUGGCAGGCGGUUUAUGGCUUUAGCUCCGGUGGUGGCUUCUCCAACACGUUCAGCAUGCCCGGCUACCAACAGCAGACCGUCUCGAGCUGGCUCUCGAAGCAUAAGGGCCUUUAUGGCCCCAAAAUCUUCAACAACUCCGGUAACAGCCGUGCCUACCCAGAUGUCUCCGCCAACGGCAAGAACUUUGUCGUCGUUGUUGGUGGCCAGGAGGUGGCUGUUUCCGGCACCUCAGCUUCGUCACCGACGUUCGGCUCCGUCCUAACACUCAUCAACAGCGUCCUGAUCAACUCUGGAAAGCCCAAGAUUGGGUUCGCUAACACCUUCAUCUAUCAGCACCCGGAGAUUUUCAACGACAUCACCAGUGGAAACAACUCGGACUGCCACAAGAAGGGCUUCUCGGCCGAGAAGGGCUGGGACCCUGUCACUGGCUUUGGCACGCCCAACUACCAUAAGAUGCUGAAUGCUUGGAUGAAAGCUUCGUAG